GAAUGGAACGCUAGGUGUCAGACAGUGUUCUAUUAUUCUAUGUAAUGUCAUCGCUACGCGAAGAAAUCGGUACUUAACGAAGAUUUAGAUAUGGGGAAAACUACGAGAGUAGUCGUUUGCGGGAUGAAAGGAGUUGGCAAAACCGCCCUGCUAGAGCAGCUCGUGUAUGGAAAUAUCGACGCAAAAACGGAAAUUCAUCCCACAAUCGAAGACAUUUAUGUCGCCAACAUUGAGACUGAUCGGGGCACAAAAGAGAAGGUCAGGUUCUAUGAUACAGCUGGGCUUGAAUCUCUGCAGAGUAAUGUAAAUAAUCAGCAGCUUCCACGACAUUAUCUUGGUUUCGCCGAUGGUUACAUCUUAGUAUACGAUACUGGCAAACCUGAAUCUCUAGAUGUGCUCUUCCCUCUAAAGAAGGAUAUUGACAAGAACAAGGAUAAAAAGGAGAUAACUGUGAUCGUAAUUGGUAAUCGGACAAUCAAAACUGAUGUUGUAUUGAAUAACUUAGAGAAUACCGUAAACAAGGCAACUAACUGGUGUACCAGAGAAAAGGUUAAACAUUAUGAGGUAAACAUCAUGGAUAGAUCUACUCUGUUUGAGGCAUUCGUACAUUUAUCGUCCAAGCUGAAUCCUCCUACUAAUAAAAGUACAUUUCCGCAAUUAAGUAUGGGCAGAAAGACUGUUAAGGCCGAAGCACAGUGAUGUAGUCACUUAGAAAUUUAAUUAGCGUCGAUCUAGAUAGUGGCAAUAUGAGUCCCUUGUGAAUUUUGUACUCAGGUAUAAUGUAUUUAAUGCGUGGUUAAAAACCACAAUGCAAAUGUGCUUUGAGAUCUCAAUAACGAUAUAUAUUUUCUGUUAACUUUGGACGUUUUGUGAUAUUAAGCUUGAAAUGGGAUAAAUGGACUUAUAUUCAUGAUUAUGUAUUUAAGAUAUCAAGUUAUGUACUUAAGAC